AUGGGUGCCGACUUUGUUCUCUUCCUUUUCAUCCUCGUGGCCAUGUACUCGCUCUGGCUGUCGGGGAUCUUCGAGCUCUGCGCCUUUUUGAUAGCGCGAGCCAGAGCGCCCGCGCACGCGCACACCAACCCUUCCGAUGACAAGCCAUUGGAUAAGCAGGCCGACCUCAAGCAGGCUGACCAGGCUAACAUCAUCAAGAAUACCGAUGUCAAGCCCACCGAUCCCAAGCUGGCCGAUCGCAAGGCCUACGUCCUAAAGGCCUUGAACCUCAAGCCUUCCGACAUCGAGUCUUCCGUCGUCAAGACGUCCAACCCCAAGCCGUCAGUCGUCAAGACUUCCGACCCGAUCAAGUCGAAGAAAAUCGCGCGUGCUGAAACCAAGGUAUGUGAUCCGAUCAAGCUUCAAAGAGUCGAUUCUACUUAUGUCAAGCAGUCCAUCAUGGCCAAGCCCGGCGUCAAGCCUGGCUAUGUCAAGACGAUCCAGAUGUUCGACGCCAUUAUGGCAGACGCGCUCCUCGAAUACAUGAAGGCGCGCGUCUCGAAGCCUAUCCCCGUCGUCACAGCAGCCGCACCCCUCGAUGACACCAAGUCCGCGUCCAAGACUGCCGACGAUGCAAAAGCUGCCUCCUCCAACAUUGUUGACUUCAUCAACUCUGUUCCAAGUCCCGUCGCCGACGCCAGGGUCGCUCCCGACGCUGUCGGCGAUGCUAAACCUGCUUCCUCCAGCAUCGCUGACGCCCUCAACGCCAUUCCUGACACCGUCGACGACGCGAAAGCCGCUCCCGACACAGUCGACCCCAACACUCAAGCUGCUGCCACCCACAAGAUCACGAUCUCCGUCAGCUCGGUCGAGUCCUGGAACUCCAUCGGCUCCACCAUCGUCGAAGUCGACACCUCCACCCCCGUCACCAGCGAUGCCUGCCCCCGCCACUGGCUCUCCGCCAUCAAGCUCUCUCCCUCCGACCUCUCCCCGGCUCCCAUCCCCCCCACCUAUACCGAGUCCGCCGACGGCACAAUCUACCGCAACGGCCACGCUCACGGCGUCUCCACCGCCGCCCACAAGUCCGCUGUCGACUCCCUGCAGUCCUCCAUCCACCACCUCCGCAAGCUGAACUCGUCCAUGACCUCGGACCUCAGCGGCGCGCUCAACGUCGUCGCGUGGGAGGCCGACACGCGCGUCGCGGACCUCGAGCGGCUUCACCAGCAGGCGCUUGGCCGCGCGGAGAAGAGGGGUAACGCGAAUGCCACCGCGCGCCUGCUCGAGGAGCACAAGGACGUCGCCGCUUCGCUCGAGGAGAAGCACAAGGCGGCCAUGGCGGACCUGCGCGAGGAGCAGAAGACGACGGUGUGGACGCUGCUCAAGCACCACAGGUCGAAGAUGGCGUUCAUGGAGAUGGCGCAGAAGAAGGAGGUCGCCUUGAUCCGGGAGACGCAUCAGAAGGAGGUCGCGGCUAUUGAGGAGAGGCACCAGGGCGAGGUUGCCACCCUCAAGGAGACGCAUAAGCAGGAUGCUGUCGCCGUUCAGCGUGAGAAGGACGCCCAGAUCGCCUCUGUCACUGAACGUGUUGCUUCUCUUGAGGCAGAGGCUGCUGCCAAUGUCGGCAAAAUGCAAGCUGGAGACGACGUUGUCGCCGCUUUGGAGCAGACCAUCGCUGAGAAGAACACCGAGAUUGCCACCGUCACUGGCCGUCUCGCUUCUCUUGAGAAGGAGGUGUUGGCCAGCAUCGACUCCGUCAACACCGCGAGCGAGCGCGCCGUUGUCCUGCAGAAGACCGUGGAUGACAAGCAAGCUGAGAUUGACCGCAUCCUGUCGGAGGUUGUUAAAGAAGCCGAGUCUCACGAGGCUGAGGUCAAGUCGCUCCAGAAGAAGCACGACUCCGAUCUUGCUUUCAUCUUCUCCAAGCAUGAUAAGCUCGUCGCUGCCAUGAAGAGCGACCACAAGUCGGAGCUCCAGUUCCUCCUGUCGAAGGUUGAUGCGCUGGACGCCACCACGAAGAGCGACCAUGAGUCGGAGAUUGAGUCCCUGCGGUCGGAGUUCGAUGUGAAGGUCGCUGCCAUGGAGAAGAAGUACGACUCCCACAUUACUAACAUGGAAGUCGACCUCACUGCCUAUCUGGAGGCUCUCGACGAUGAGUGCGACGCCACUAACGCUUCCCACCAGGCGAGCAUCAACCGUCUUGAAGUCGUGGUCACAGAUGCUCUCAUCUCUCUCGACGACAGUUACACCUCGACUAUCGUCUUCCAUGAGUCCACCAUCAACAUUCUCGAGGUCGAACUCACUAAUGCCCUCGCUUCUCUUAAUGACGAGUGCAACUCAACCCUCGCUUCCCACGACGCCGGCCUCCGCAAGAUUGAAGCUGAAAUCCUGACUUCUCUCCAGUCGCUUGAUGAUGAGAGCACGUCCACCCUCGCCUCUCUCACGGCUAACAACCAGGCCGCUGAGAACACUGUCUUUUAUCAGGAGCUCGUCAGUCUGGAGCCCGUUGUCCCAGAGUGUGACACCCCCAAGCCGACCAACUGCAAGCUCGUCUUCCAGGAGGUCGCUGCCCUGGAGUCCGCCAGCCACAAGUCCAGCAGCAACGAGCGCGCUCAUCAAGAGCUCAGCGUUCAGGAGCCUGUUACUCAAGAGCCCAUCGUCGAAGAGUCUGACGAGCUGGAGUCCGCCGACCAGUCGAUCAUCGAUGACGACCUCCACUACCCAGCGGCUGGCAACCAGGACUUCGUCAUCUACCGCGACCCCAGUCCCAGUCCCGCCAACAGCAGCGGCACCGUCGUCCGCCACAGCUCGCCUUUCUCCUACGAGACCUCCCCUCUGGCUGCGCCUGAGCAGUACGAGGCCCGCCCCAGUCCCGUCCCUGCCUUCAUUGACCAUCCCACUCCUUUCACUGGCGUCUGGGCAACCCACGCCGCCCUCCAAAAUGCUCUCAGCAACGCGACUGCGGUCACCUCGCCCCCUCUUGGCGAACAGAAGGUCGGCUCUUUGCUCGAGGCAGCUCUCAUCAGCGAGACUGCCCCUAUCACCACCGCGCCUAAGCGCAACCCCUCUCCGACCAAGCAGAAGUUGGUCACGAAGGAAGAGUGGAAGGCCCUUGUCGCCAGCCUGAACGGCAGCGGUGAUCGCGACCGCGACCUCGCCGUCCGGUCCGCCGAAGCCGAAGCACGUCGCGCCGCAGAGCUGGCAGAAGAAGCUCAGGAGCUCGCCGAGGAGAACGACGAGGAAGACGUCCUAGCCGUCUACGAGCAGGACAACGCUGAGCCUUCCGUCUCCACUCCUCGUCCUCUCCCCGACCCCAGCAGCGCCUCCCCCUCCGCAGCGGACCUCCACACCGAGAACGCCGCCCUCCGCACCGAGAUCUCCCUCCUGCGCGAGCACAUCACCGCGCUGACCGCCACAAACGAGCACAACAGCGCCGCCUACCUCUCCGCCAAGGCCACCGCCGAGCACAACGAACGCGCCGCCACCGAAGCCGCAUCAUGCCUCGAGGCCCAGACAGACUUGGUCAACGAAGUCGAAGCCGAGCUCGUCGCCGCCUCCCGCGAUCUCGAGGCCACCGAGCAGCGCUGCGCCGCCGCCGAACAGCGCGCUGACCAGGCCGAAAAGUGUGCGCAGCAUUUCGAUCGCCUGCUCAGGAACGUCGCGCUCGACACGCUCUACCUGCAGCGGUUGGAGUGGAGUUCGCGGAGCCAGGCGGGGCAGGUAAGGCGGUUGUUGGAUCAGAGGGUGCCGCUUGAGAAUGCGGUGGCUAGGCUGCACAACGAGAACCUGCGGCUGCGUGCCUCGGCCGCGGAGACGCAGGCGGGCAGCGAUGCGGUGUUCGCGUACGCGGAGGAUGUCGCCGGCGGUAUGCUGGCCCUCCUCCAGCAGGCGGCGCGCUAUGGUGUUGUUAACGUCGCGACGCUGGCGGAGAAGACGAACGACGAGGUCGUCCGCGGCUUGGCCGAGUACAUGGGCGCCUUCAUCGAGGCCGCGAACAGCAACGUGCGCGAGGGACGGAAGCUGGUCGUCGCGAACAGAGACCUCGUUGCUGCUGCCGCGGCUGACCGCGACGCCAUCGACGCGCUGAAGGAGGAGGUCGUGCAGCUGAAGGACGCCCUGACUGACGCGCGGACGGAGGUCGAUGACGCGACGGUUGGCGAGCAGCUGGCGCAGGCCGAACUAGAGAAGGUCAAGGGCGUUGUCCCGGAGUUGAAGGCGGCGGCGGAUCGCGUCCCGGCGCUCGAGCGGAAGGUUGACGAUCUGCAGUACGCGCUGAACGAGGCGCGUGUCGACUCUGCGCCGGUUGAGUGGCAGGAGGUCGUCGAAGACAUGCAAAUGCAGCUCGCCGCCAAGCAGGCCUGCCUGGAUACUGUCACGAUCCGCCUCACUGCUCUGAACAACGUCGAUGCCGAACAUGCGCUAUGUGAGCGCCGUGAGAAGUCGGCGGAGGACCAGUGCGAGAUGAACCGUCGUAUCAUCUCUGCCUUGGUCAAGCGCAACCACAGGCUGAUCGAGGAGCUCACCCUGACCCGCGAGCGUGCGGGACUGCCCAAGGGCACUUACAUGAUCUACAACUUCACAGAGAACGAGUUCAACAAGGUCGUGUUGAGGGCUAUGCUGAUGCGCCUGGCUGAUAUGCACAGGUACGAUCUGAUGGAGGAGGACUUUGCCUUCUGCGAUGAGCUGGACCGCAUCCUGGACCAGCCGAUUGAGGAGACGGAGGUGCAGCCGCUGGAUCGUGAGUUCACUGCGGCGGAGAACAUCAUGGAUGGAGUGUUGAGUAAGAUCACGACUGUGUGUAAGGAUCUGCUGGAUGGCGAGAAGGACGGCGAGAAGAUCAAGCACCGUGGCCUCGGCGAGAAGGCUGUCACUGACAGCGAGGAGUCCUGGGAGCCGCUCGACUUGUCGAUUGACCCAGAAGACGAGAAGGAGAACAGUGAGAGGUUCGAGGCAGAGCAAGAGAGGCGGAAGAAGGCGACGGAGGAGCUGCGAGCGGCGUUGUUGAAGGCAGAUGAGGAUGAUCAGAUCCUCGAGGAGGAGUCUUUCUAA